AGAAAAAAGUAUAUAAAAUAGACGACAAAAUGCAUUAUUCGUGUUAUUCUCGCGUCACUUAAUAAUAAUAAUUAUUUGUAUACAACGUCUUAACGAAUGUACACUGUUUUGGACUUAAAAUAUAAAUCGACACAAAAAGCACAGAAUAUAUCGGCGAUUGAAUUGCAAUCAACACAACCGACAGAAUCGUAUGACUCGUCAAAUGGAUUGAUAGCCAAAAACUUAAGUAAUUCAUCGCAAGAAUCUGUUUAUCAUUUAAAACGGUUAUCGAAAACACAGUGAAAAAUGGAUCCACUGUUUGAAACGACUGCACAUAACAGCGACUUUCGGCGACUACUCAUUGAGUACAUGAACGCCAAUAACAUUAGCGCUAACAUCAGUCUCGAGAUGUUGAAGAAUAUCACUGAUGGGGAACUGGAGGCGUCCGACGAGUACUUGUCGUCCAUGAAAUCGUUGAAAGUAUUCUUCUAUUGUGUAUAUAUACUCAUAUUUGUGUUGGGCAUCGCUGGCAACGCACUGGUAUGCUAUGUGGUGAUCCGCAACUCGACGAUGCAUACGGUCACCAAUAUGUUCAUCACGAAUCUGGCCCUUUCCGACGUACUCCUGUGCCUAUUUGCCGUCCCCUUCACACCCUUAUACCUGUUGACGUAUAAGGAAUGGGUGUUCGGCACAGCCCUCUGUCAUUUGGUGCCCUUCGUACAAGGCAGCAACAUAUGA